CUCUUGCUUGUUGGCAGAAAUUGUAGCCCAUAUUCGUAUAUGCGUCGGCUUUCUUACAUCUUCUUCCCGUCUCCUGCGCAGCCUAUCCUGUACCCGUUCACCGAGGCCGGUUUUCUGGGUACGUCCGCAGGAUUACGGCAGCUUAUUUCGGCCACAUGCAACAUCAUCGCUAACGUCCUCUGUGCCGAUGCUUUCACGCUGACCGCAUAUACCAGUCCGGAACAAUUCAAUGAGACACGGCUACCUGUCUACGUGGGUCACCUUCCCACCGGAUCGACCAUGCAAAACUAUCUGCACUAUUCCCAGGUUUACAAGGCGAAAAACCUGGUGAUGUACGACCACGGAAGGUCUGAAAAUCGUCGGCGAUAUGGCCAGGACAACCCACCCCCUUACCCGUUGGAACGCAUAAGAUUGCCAAUCGCUUUGUUCCCAUCGCCAGGAGACACAGUGGCGACCCCGGCCGACGUCGCAGACCUGGUUGACAGGCUCGGCGAAAACGUCGUCUUAGAGCACCGAGUUCCGCAGCCUAGUUUCCGCCACCUGGAUUUUGCCACCGGUUACAGGGCAAACGACAUCUUGCACAACGUCGCCAUUGGGCUUGUUCGGAAAUACGCCGAUGAAAGUCUUUAAAGAGGCACUCAAAAGUAAAAAUAAAAACAUAUUAAAGCUGUUUCAAUUAAUUACCCUUUAGCAAAAAAGUGUUCAUUAGCAAAGAUGCUCAGUAAUUCAGAAAUAGCUGGAAAAAAAACACGAAACACCUGUGGUGCCACCUCUUGAGUUUUCACACCAGCUCGUCAUGCCGUCGAAAAUUUUACGAAUGUUUGCUCUGGUUGUAGUAGUCAACAACUUUAUUGAGGUCCUGAGAAGCUACGCAGAGGGCCUGGUCCGGUUAAUUUUUCACCGGGAAGAACGACCCGCUGCGUUGUAUUUUAAAACACUGAAGAGUGCAUUUAGCAAGUUUUAAGAAAAUUUCUCUGAGCUACUGCUGUCCAAAUACGAGAAAAUGCUUUGACUUUUCUGGCGUCGCAUGUUAGUAUGACGCUGGAGCUGGAAUUCCAGAGGAAAAUAUAAAAAUGAUACUGUGACGUUCGUUCUCUCUUCUAAAACUCAAUGUAUUGCAAGAAUAUUUACGGAAAUAAAACUUGAAAGUUAUUUUUCAGUUUAAUCUGAUUCAGCCUUUCUUGUUUGUGUCCUUUUGACAAGAGGAAUAACGGAAUAGGACCUUGAUGCGGUUCUAUCUGGUCCUUUAACAUCGGGACAUUUAUUUCGCUGGACAUUUUAAGCGCUUAUGUAGCUGACAGUAAUCUGGCGGACUCUUCUGCGGUGCGUUCUGCUCACGAUCAGCGGCUCCGACUGUUCAAACUUCCGAUGAUCAUACAGAUAAGCUUGCUGCUGUGCAGCAUAUUAUUGCGGCGUUGAAUUUUUCGGGCCAUGACCACUGUAAAUAUUCGCGUUCAUUUGUGUUGUUCAAUCUUCUCUAGGACUGUCCGGUAUAAUUUUGUGCUCAAUUUGCUUUUAAGCUGCAAUGCGGUAUACUGUACAACAUUAUUUUGCAACAUUACUUCCGUCAAAC